AUGGCUUUGAGUAAAGAAGAAAGCACAAGAAUCGCUGUACCGCCGGCGUCGACGACCACCACUGCGGUGGAUUCUGCUUCCGUCCACUUCAAGGUCAACUACGAGCAAGUCAAGCACCUUGCCAUCGACGAGGUCGUCUCGUCCGAGGUCGUCUCCGUCGGCCAACACCUGUGGAGGAUCGACUGUUACCCGCGGGGGCCCGUACUCUACUCCCAAGAGCACAAGGGAAACUAUGUCUCCAUCUUCCUUAAGCACAUGAGCGAUUCCAAAAGCGUACGCGCCAGCUUCGUCGCCUUCAUAAAGGAUAGAGAUGACCAGCCAUCAGAAACACGAGUCAGGACUUACCUUCACGAGUUCACAAUCAUGGACGACUGGGGGUGGCAUCGGUUUGUGGAAAGAACGGUCCUCGAGGAAGACUAUGUUAUUCAAGGGCACGUCACGUUCGUAUGCACCAUCAUGGUCAUGCGUGAUGCUACCCCUGUCACCGUGCCCCCAUCCGACAUCAGGAACCAUAUCGGCUGCUUACUGGAUCAGGCAUAUGGGACGGACGUGUCGUUUACCGUCGACGGCGAGACAUUCCCCGUGAACCGAGCUAUUCUUGCAGCCCGCUCACCCGUCUUCAAGGCAGAGCUCUUUGGGUCCAUGGCCGAAGCUACAAUGGCAUCCAUCACACUGCUCGAUAUCACACCUUCAACAUUCAAAUAUUUGCUUCUGUUCAUAUACACAGAUGAGUUUCCUAUUACUACAGAGGAUAACCCCUCCAAUUCCAAUGAGGUAUUGUUUGACUUACUUGCCGCUGCCGAUCGGUACGCACUAGACCGGCUAAAGCUUAUGUGUGCUCAAAAGUUAUGGGAUAAUGUGUCAAUGGAUACAGUUAAAGAUAUUCAGGCUUGCGCUGACAUGUACAAUUGCCUCCAGUUGAAGAACAAGUGCGUUGACUUCAUUGCAAAAGAGAAAAAAGCGAAGAAGUCUCUUGUUUCAAAAACGAUUCGAAGAAGCCCAAGACUUCAUCAGGCUAAGGCACAGAUUUGAUAGAUUAUUGUUGGUGAGUUCAGACUUUAAUUAGGACAGUAGUGCUCGAACAUAAUAUACUGGACUAUUUCACAUUUGUGUUUUCUUUUGUCUUUUACAUUGGUGCAUUGGCACCCGGGAUUCUA